AUGCCUAGUCACGAAGCUGCAACAAGUACGAUGGCGUUACACCAAUCGACGUCGUCAUUUCCAUAUUCAACGACAUCCCUAACCAACACCACUACAACAGAAAUCCCGACAACUACAUCGGCUCCGACAAACACACUACCAUCUAGUACGGCAUCGGCUUCGACAACUACGGAAUCUUCGCAUUCGACUUCCACGACCGAAGCUGCAACGAGCACCACGAGAGCAAUAACUUCAACGGCCAAAGGGUCGACAUCAGUUUCAAUGGAAUCGCCUGCGACAUUAACCACAGUGUCGUUGACAACAG